CCUCUCGCAACAACAUUGGCCCUAUGGAAGAAAAGUGACGUGGACCAUCACAUAUUAACGUUUUGUCUUAUCCAGUUUUGCGCCUUACCGAAAAAAAAACCUUUUGUGCCCAACCCGAUCCCCAGACCGAGGGGGUACACAGUACAAACCUCCCGCCCCGUACAACAUUGUAAUGGCGACCUGGGCAUACCCCCCACUGCCCACAGAGCAGAUCAACCAUGAGGCGGACACUGCGCUGGCCCGAGAGCUAGAAUGGCUAUUACAUUCGCUCCAGGAUUCACUUGCCUCAUUGAAGGAAGGUCUCCAAGAAUGCGCUGCCCUCCUAGCUCCCCAAGAACCGGGGUCAACCUUGGUGUUGUCCUCGCUGCGGUCGGAAAGUGUGAAGGGCUUUGUGACUAGAGUCGGCACCAAGGUCGUGAAGGGCGAUGUUCAACUUCGUCUUGCAUCGCUCCCGCCUCCUCGGGGUGCCCCUAGCACCCGACUGAAUCUAUCCCAGUCCCCCGAAGCUCCGGAACUGGUACUUCGACAGCUGGUGUCGGUCCGAGACCUCGUGGCUCAGAGCCUUGAUAUUGUGGAUGUGAGCACGUGGACGGGCGAUCCUCUCAAUGCAGGCUUCAUUUUCAGUCAACUUCACCUCUUGCUCGAGACGAUCAACGAGGCGCGACAAAUGUUGAAAGGAGAAGGCGAUGAGACGCGAGGCAAGUGGUGGGAUACCAGUGCCACUGAAAAUAUGUUUGACCCUCCGCUUCCACCACAUCUUUCAUUCCAUCUCUCUAUUACAGACUCCGCCCUGGUCCUUCUUCUUCGGACUCUAGAGCCUGCUGCCCUCAAUCAUACGCCAACCUCUUUUUCCUCGGAUAUCUCCCUGACAGGGUUCUCUAUACGAGACCGGUUAUUCGGCUCGCGAGGGCCAACCCAUGAUGAGGCCGGUAGCGUUUUUCAAUGGCAGGGAGAAGAAGUUCGUGUCAAGGAGAAGGUCCGGGUGGAGAGCCAGGAUCCCAGUCUGAUGGCGGUCAUGGCGAAACUAUCGGCCCUUGAGCAUGAGGUGAUGCGGUGCGUUGCUGCGCUGCGGGUGCUUAUGGGCGAUGAAGAUACGGAGAGCGAGGCUUAGUGAUUUGAUGGAUACCCUACUGCAUUUGAAUUAUGAACAGAUGCUUGUUGCAAUACUUGAUGUGAUUCGGUAGUCGAGUUAGGACCUUUAGAAGUUUUGAAUGGGCUGUCAUCUGAGAUAUGUAUUGAUCGAUCAUCUUGAGGCUACCUAGGGCUAGGACUUCCAAGGUUUGACAACCGGUUGCAUGGUAUAAUAUAUAACAAAAGCAAUUAGGAAUUAGC